CGUGCGGGGAGCGAGGCGGCUGCGGUGAGGGACGGAGCGCGACCGGAGAUGUUUUCAAGCCCGGCGGCGGCGGCGGCGGCGGCGGCGGCGGCGGCGGCGGCGGCGACAGCGGCGGCGACGCUGACACCUCCCACCAUGGACAGCUUCGACUUAGCCUUGCUCCAGGAAUGGGACCUCGAGUCGCUGUGUGUCUAUGAGCCAGAUAGGAAUGCGUUACGGAGGAAGGAACGGGAGAGAAGAAACCAGGAGACGCAGCAGGAUGGGGGCACGUUCACCUCCAGCUACUCCCUCUUCAGUGAGCCCUACAAGACUAACAAGGGGGAUGAGCUCUCCAACCGGAUCCAGAAUACUUUAGGCAAUUAUGAUGAAAUGAAAGACUUUUUAACUGAUAGAUCCAAUCAGAGUCAUCUUGUUGGCGUCCCCAAACCAGGGGUUCCUCAGACUCCUGUGAACAAGAUCGAUGAACAUUUUGUUGCAGAUUCAAGAGCCCAGCCCCAGCCCCCAUCUGUCUGUAGCACUGCAUCCUCCACACCAGCAGCUGGCCCUGGGCAGCAGAGUAAGAGAGGCGCCGUGGGCUGGCAGAAGGCUGGGCACCCACCAUCCGAUGGCCAGCAGAGAACAGCACAACAGGGCUCUCUCAGGACCUUGCUUGGAGAUGGUGUUGUCAGACAGCAGCCACGGGCCAAGCAAGUGGGCACUGUAGACGUGGGGCUUCCAACCCAGGAAAGGCCACCUGCAAUGGCCACCAAGCACGGCAGCGGUGGACACUGUGUUCAGAACUUUCCUCCAUCCCUGGCUUCAAAACCCAGCCUGGUCCAGCAGAAACCAACCGCAUAUGUGCGGCCGAUGGACGGCCAGGAUCAAGCUCCUGAUGAGUCUCCCAAGCUGAAGUCAUCCACGGAAGCUGGCGUGCACUGUGCCUCCUACCGAGGAGUCCCAGCCGGCAAGCCAGAGUCAGCCAGGGCCAAGGCCAAGCUCUCUAAGUUCAGCGUCCCGAAGCAGGGAGAGGAGAGCAGAUCUGGAGACAGCAACAGCUGUGUGGAAGAAAUAAUCCGGGAGAUGACCUGGCUUCCACCACUUUCUGCUAUUCAAGCACCAGGCAAAGUGGAACCAAGCAAAUUUCCGUUUCCCAAUAAGGACUCUCAGCUGGUAUCCUCCGGACACAAUAACCCAAAGAAAGGUGAUGCCGAGCCAGAGAGUCCAGACAAUGCCACGUCGAAUACAUCAAUGCUAGAAGAUGACCUUAAGCUAAGUAGCGAUGAAGACGAGAGUGAGCAGCAGGCCGCCCAGAGAACAGCUCUCCGCACGCUAUCUGACAGCGCCUCGGGCCAGCAGACCAACUGCAGGAGCUCUGUGCCGUCCAGCAAGGGCAGCAGCAGUGGCAGCAGCAGCAGCAGCAGCAGCUCUUCCAGCGACUCAGAGAGCAGCUCGGGAUCGGACUCGGAGACAGAGAGCAGCUCCAGCGAGAGUGAGGGCAGCAAGCCACCCCACUACUCCAGCCCGGAGGCCGAACCGGCGUCGUCCAACAAGUGGCAGCUGGAUAAAUGGCUCAACAAGGUGAAUCCCCACAAGCCCCCGCUGCUGACUCCAAGUGACGGCGCCGGGCCUGAGGGAGCACAGUUCUCCCCCGCAGGAAAGGAGGACGUGCAGGAAUGUGCGAAGCUGCCAGACGCCUGUUCUGCUGGACCUAGGGACAAGGACGGCAAGGGUGCCUGCAAAGAGGAACAGAGGCCGCGGACAGCCAACAAGGCCCCGGGCAGCAAGGCGACCAAGCAGAAGUCACCUCCCGCGGCUGUGGCCCCUGCCGGGCCCCCGCCGCCCGCGCCGCCCGGGGUCCCCACCGAGAGCACGCCGGCACCCACGCGCAGGUCUGGAGCCAAGAAGCCCACACGGCGCGCGGAGCGGAGCGUGGCCAGUGACGCCCCCGCCAGCGCCACCCCAGCCGCCGCGUGCCCCCGGGCCGAGGAGCCCGCUGCCCCCGAACCUCCCAAGGCGCGGCCUUGCGGCGCGGGGCGCUCUGGCCAUCGCAAGGAGCUGCGCGCAGCCGCCCCCUGCGACAAGCGGCGCACGCGGGGCCUGGGCAGGACGGUACCGAAGUCCAAGGAGUUCAUCGAGACCGAGUCUUCCUCGUCAUCGUCCUCCUCUGAGUCGGACCUGGAGUCGGAGCAGGACGAGUUCCCGCCGUCCAAAGCACCGCCCGCCGCCGCUCCUGACCCGAGGCUGAAGGAGGCGGCUGGUGGUGGCGUCGGGGCCACGGGCGCGCGCGCUGCAGUGGGCUCCAUCAACGCCAGGACCAGCAGCGACAUCGCCAAGGAGCUAGAGGAGCAGUUCUACACGCUGGUGCCCUUCGGCCGCAACGAACUCCUAUCGCCGCUCAAGGACAGUGAUGAGGUCAGGGCCCUGUGGGUCAAAAUCGACCUGACUCUGCUGUCCAGGAUCCCGGAGCACCUACCCCAUGAGCCCGGGGUCCUAAGUGCCCCAGCCGCCAAGGACCCCGAGGGGCCAGCGCCCAGCCACGCGCUGGACACCAACCCUGAAAAGGCGCUGCCAAAGUCUAAGAGGAAACGCAAGUGUGACAAUGAAGAGGACUACCAGGACAUGAAGAAGGCCCCGGGAGAGAAAGAAAGCUCUUCGAGACCAGCCGCCGCUACCAGUAAUACCUCAUCUGCCAACCACUGCAACAUGAACGUCAACAGCUUGGCAAUACCAGUAAAUAAAAAUGAAAAAAUGCUCCGGUCUCCCAUCUCUCCUCUUUCUGACGCCUCCAAACACAAAUACUCCACCGAGGACUUGAGCUCUUCCAGCCGACCGCAUGGCAAUGCUGUGUUCACUUCCUCUUCUUCCAACAAAAAGCAGAAGGCCGACACCCAGCUGCAGUCCCAUGCCACAGACCUCUUGAAAACAGCUCACAACUCCGAAAAUGGUGUCCUCCACAGCAAGUCACGACCACAAACAGAGCCCUGGUCGCCAGGCUCCAAUGGCCACAGGGACUGCAAGAGGCAGAAACUGGUCUUCGAUGAUAUGCCUCGCAGUGCAGAUUAUUUUAUGCAGGAAGCUAAACGAAUGAAGCAUAAAGCAGACGCGAUGGUGGAAAAGUUUGGAAAGGCUUUGAACUACGCGGAGGCAGCCUUGUCAUUUAUCGAGUGUGGAAAUGCGAUGGAGCGAGGCCCGAUGGAGUCCAAAUCGCCUUACACCAUGUACUCCGAGACAGUGGAGCUCAUCAGGUAUGCUAUGAGACUAAAAACCCACUCAGGCCCCAAUGCCACUCCAGAGGACAAACAGCUAGCCGCGUUAUGUUACCGUUGCCUGGCUCUCCUGUACUGGCGGAUGUUCCGACUGAAAAGGGACCACGCCGUAAAGUACUCAAAAGCACUGAUCGACUAUUUCAAGAACUCGUCCAAGGCUGCCCAGGCCCCGUCUCCCUGGGGGGCCAGCGGAAAGAGCACUGGAACCCCAUCCCCCAUGUCUCCCAACCCCUCUCCCACCAGCUCCGUGGGGUCUCAGGGCAGCCUAUCCAGUGCCAGUGCCCUGUCCCCGUCCACCAUCGUGAGCAUCCCACAGCGCAUCCACCAGAUGGCGGCCAACCACGUCAGCAUCACCAACAGCAUCCUCCACAGCUAUGACUACUGGGAGAUGGCCGACAGCCUAGCCAAGGAAAACAGAGAAUUCUUCAACGACCUGGAUUUGCUCAUGGGGCCCGUCACCCUGCACAGCAGCAUGGAGCACCUGGUCCAGUACUCCCAGCAGGGUCUGCACUGGCUGCGGAACAGCGCACACCUGUCGUAGGGCCCUCCCCUCGGGCCAGCUGUGCUCUUGUCUGCACGGACCGCUCCAAGUUUCUGGACAUUGUGCUACUGAAAGUCCCAGCCACAGCAUUUAUCAGACUGCGGUGAACAUUUCCUCGGCCUCAAACAAUGACCUUUUACCAGGGCAUGUGUGCUUGUAUGUGUGGGUAUAUACGAAGCUGCCUCCUCUGUGUGUGUGUGUGUGUGUGUGUGUGUGUGUGUGUGUGUGUGGAACAUACACAGCUCUUUGGGACACUGUCUAGUUUCCAUAACCCCAGGCUAGACAAAGUGAUCAGAGGUUCCUGAUUAGAGGAAAUACACACAUGCACACAUACACACAUGUUCACAGACACAUGCUCUCCAUUUCAAUGCAAAACCGUGACUUCUUAGAAAAAUUCAACCAAAAUCUCAUAGGUUAGUUAACCAGGUGCAAUCCAGCACAUCGAAAGCUUAACUGCCAGUUAAGAUGAACCUAGCUCGGAUAUUAUUGAUUACUUUCAGUAUUAAUAUACUAGUCCCUAAUCCUUUUUUAUCAGUGUGUAUUAAUGGCUAAUUGAAUCAUGAAAGCAAGUCACUUAUUUUUGUGCCAGAAGUUUAUUAGGUUGCAUGCUACCGAAUACCCUGCCCCUCCCUGUACACUCUCGCCUCUCCCGACAUUAUCAGUUAAACACAUUCCAAGUGGGUGGUUUGAUUCCCUCAAAGCCCUCCUUGCCCACCUCAAACUGUAUGAAAAUGACACCCGGAUUUGGUGAAAACUCGAUGUCCUUGAAGUGUAACCCACAUGAAAGCGUCCAUGACAGUCAUUUCACAGCUCAAUUUGGAAUCAGCGUCUGUACCCACGACAGGUUCUCCAAGGCCAAGCAGUUCCUCCUCUUGCCACUGUGACCCAGUGGCUGUAGAGUCCCAUAGCUUCUUGUGUCAGCCAAUGUUUCAAGUCUUUUCCUUUCCAUGGUAGCUUCCUUUCCAACCUUCUUCAUGGCCAAACGAGGACAUUACCUAGAGCGUCUGUCUGCUAGGAGCCCAGCCGCUGCUCUCAGGCUGAGGGCUGCGUGUGAUCGCCGGGCUGUUGGGCUCACGCUUUUGCCAGAAUGUGCCUCUGCAGGCCUGGGGGGCGGUAUGACUUGGAGGACACUUUUCGAGCUUUGAUUAGCGAGCUGCUUACAGCGCAGGGAAGUUAUCACUGUGAGGGCCGCUGUCCUGCUUUCAGGAGCAAGGACCAGAACAUCUCGCUUAUUAUAUCUUUCACAUCUGGUAUGUUUACGUCUUACCAUGGGUCCUUUUGUUUCUUUUUUUUUUUUUUAAGUUUACAUUUUAGUUUUUGAUCUCUUGUUUACAAUUUUUGUCUGAACCUUAUUUUAUGGCCUAGAGUUAGUCUUCUUGUGAAGUAUAUUUUGAUAUGAAAUACUGGUAAAAAAAAAGCUCUUCCAGGAGAGUUUAUAUCUUGCCAUAUUUUGAAAACAAAAAUAAUAUCUUUGAGUAACUUGACAGAAUUAUACUGGAUCAGUCUGAGAUGGGUGAGGCAGCCUCUGGUAAUGGUGGCACAGCCGAUGUUUGAUAGAUGCUAAUGUCUUCACUGAUCUCAUGGGCUGGGCUGCAACGUUAGCAUGUUUGUCAGCCUGACCCAUCGGAGGGAGGGAAAGAAGACUGUUGUUAUUCCUGAGCUCCAAGUAUUGCUUCAAAAAUGUGCAAAAGAUCAAACAACUUUGGUGCUUUGAAAUUGGUUGGCAAUGAGCAAGUGAAAUUUGCAUUUAGCUUUGACCUUUAGGUACUUGAAAAUAUGAAGAGUACAAGCUGGGUAUCUCUUACCCAAACUACUUGGAACCAGAAAUAUUUUAGAUUUCACAUUUCAUAUGUAUGUGAUGAGAUAUCCUGGGUUGAGACCCAAGCCUAAACAUGAAGUUCCUUUAUGUUUCUAAUACACCUUUUAUACACAUAGUCCAAGGCAAUGGUGUCAAACCUAAUGCACAAGUGCUGCGGCCGGCUGUUUGUUAUCACUGAAAGCUCUAAAAGGUUCAUCAACACUGGUUUAAGGUGAUAAAUCUUAUGCAGCACUUUCAGUGCACCAAUAUUUUAACUGUGACAGUCACAUGUAGUCAGGUAUAGAAUUUGCCAUUUACAGAGUCAUAUUGAUGUUCAGGACAUUUUAAAUUAUGGAGCACUUUGGAGUUUGUAUUCUUAGGUUAGGGGUGCUCAGCCUGGGUUUCCAUUUCAUAUUUAUCCACAAGUGGCUUCUUAUAUCCCUGUCACUAAUUCUUGGCAGUUUACCAUCUCAUCCUAUGUUAGAAUUCUGAACCCAACUUAAAAAAUUUUGAAACCUUUUUGUGUGUAGGACUGAGCUUUUGUUCUUACUGGUGAUUCUCGUGAAAAGUUCAAACUGUUGCAUAAAGGUAUGACCCCUGGGGUCUGCCCUGCCUUCCCAGGGAGCUUUCUUGGUCUUGCCCAUCUUUAAAGCUGCAAGCCUUAGAAAGCACCUGCAGCAGCCCCAUCUCGCGGUGCACAUGGCCUCUGGCUAGUUGUGGUGGCAUUGUUUUACUAACACUCUGACCACUGUGUUUCCCAACAAAACCUCUAGAAGCUGGUCAUGGGGGGUGUCGGUGAGAGCGUGCAGGCCUAGCAGUGUCCCCUUCCAUCUGUAGAGCAUGUCGGGGCAGCAGUUUCUGCUUGGUGUAGAUGAUUUUGGUAAGGAAUCAUCAUCUGAUGGUUGCUUGUGAAAGUCAUUCAUAAUUUGUUCCUUUUUUUUAAAAUUUGGUUCCAAGUUGAAACAUUGUUCUUGUGAUUUCAGAUUAUAAAAGUGACACUUGUUCGUUAUAAAAAUUCAAACAAUGCCGAAGUGUAGAAAGUAGGAAGUGUAUGUCGGAAUGUCUGAAACAGCCACAGCUCACAGUUUGAUGUAUGUCCUUCCAGAGAUUCUUGCAUUUAAACAUGUAAUAUUUACUACCAUUUCUUUAUAUUGGAAGGCAUAUUCUCUCCUCAGAAGCUCAGCACAAGUUCAACUCACCUUAUCUGUCAUGACCUGAAUGGAAACCAUUCUUUAUCACUUUGCUAGAAUUAUCUUUUGAAAGAGAGUAGCUCAAAUAUAUUCCUGAUCAGACUUUGGCAUCAUCAUGACUCUACGCAGAUCAGACUCAUGUGCAGAAUUGUGCCUGGAGAGAGGUCUGGUUGAAGCAGAUACUUCUGGAAACUUUCAAAUUGCAAAUGGAAACUCGGACCCACUAUCUAAAGAGGAAUGUACUGGAAAAGUAAUCUAAAGAGUUGACAAAUUGUGUACUAGAUUGAACCAUGGAAUGCAAUGCAAUGAGACUUUCUGCACUAAAACUUACCCCAAUAUGUACAACAACAACGUGUGUAUUAUAGAACAGUGAUGUGUACAUUUCUGACACCCCAUACAUGAUAUACACAGUUUGUAUAAAUGCAUACAUUUAAAAAUAUAUAUGUACAAUACAGCUAUCAUAAAACUGUGGUACACGUGACGGAUAUUACUAGUGCCUACUAUGGAGUAUAAAUCACUGCGUGUUCACAUCAUCUUGAAAGUGCAGUCAUUGUUAUAAAAUUGGUCAGUGCAGCCAACAUUAUUUAUGAACCACAUCUUUAAAACUGUGCAGUAGCAUAUACAUAUAUAUUUUUAAAUAACAUUUUUCACAGUUUUCCAGAGUUACUGUUGAAAUCUGUAUCACCAAAAAAA